UUUUCAACAAACUAUUGCAGAAAAACUUUUUGCGUUGCUGCUACUGCUACUGCUGCACAUUGCACAUUAUCAAUAAAUAAUUAAAAUGUAAAUAGUUGAUGAGAAUUUUCGUGAAAAUUCUCAAGGAAAACGACACAAGAAAAGAGGCCGUUUUCAACCAGUAGAGUACUUUGUAUGUGGAAUAAUUGGAUCCACAUCUACAUUUUGCAACAACAAAUUGAAAGAAAAAGAAACAAAAGCGACCAAAAACCACCAGCAGUACAUAAUAGAAGACAUCAUCAUGUCGUCCAAGGGAAAAUAUCGUGGUAUUCCAGCUGGUUAUGAAGAUGAUGAUGAGAACUGUUUGGAAGAUUUGUUGUGUUCUACAACAACACAAAAUCUUAAAAUCACAGUAGUUCCUGACAUUACAGCUGGGGCUGGACUGAAUGGUGAAGAUUUUGAUAACACACUCAGUGCUGACAUGGACAAUUGGUUUGAGGACUUUAAGGAAACUUUUGGAAAAUGCAAACGUACUCCGGCUACUCAAAACCAAUUGAAGUUGGUACUUCAAAGAUCCCCACAGCCGUUAUUGCAGGCUUUAAAGCUGUUUGCCUCCAGUCCCGGCUGUAACUAUUUGAAAAAUAAAAAUAUGGCUUUAUUUAUUCUUGAAACAGUUUGUGAGCUAUACAAACAACAACCCACUAUUGAAGCAACCUGUGAUGACAAUACACGUAUGGUGGCUUUUAAUUUCGUUAAAACCUGUGGCAUAACGCCACUCUACAAGGCUGUGACGGACACGUAUCAAUUAAAGAAAAUACAAAACUAUUUAAUACCAAAACUACAAAAAUUAUUAAAUGAUAAUUACCACAAAGAUGCAGCGUAUUGGUCGAUUUACUUGGAGUGUACCCAUAUUUUUGGUUUAUUUGAUUUGUUAUUACCUUUGCUACUACAAGACAAAAUAAAUUUGGCUGAGGAGUUUUUGAAUGUGGCCAAAGAGCAACAAUUACCUACAGUACAAUUUUUGGAUUCUCUAUUGGAUCGUAAGAAGACUGUCUAUGAAAAUUGUGAUGAAAUUCUAAAAAAAUACAAAUAUUCUGAUGUUAAGCAUAAUAUAUUAAGUUACCGUCCUAUGUCUAAACUAGUUACUCGUUUGGCGAAAAAAUACAACAUUGAUCCUGAGUAUACCCCGAAUCUGAAAUAUUCAAAAUCCUGUUCAUACCUGCAUUACUUGUACCACAAAUAUCAAGAGGGUGGCAUGAGUUUGGACUCAUGGCGUGAGCUGGCCCGUGAGGAGGCGAAGAAAAGCAAGGCUUUGCAGUUGGAUCUUAUAACAAGAAUUGCCACUUCCGGUGAUUGGGAGGAGGCUCUCUAUUGGGUUGAACAUUACAGAAUUCCUCUGGAAGAAUGUCCGCCCUCAUUGCAAUCUCGAUUGGAAAACUCAGAAGGUGUUAGUGCUGCAAACAGUGAUUCGAAUGAAUCUUGGGGCGAGGAAACACCCAUUGCAACAGUGAAAAAAAGUAAAAAUGUUCCAACUGCGUUGCUGCAUAAAGAUGAGUACUUGAGAAUGAAAUUGCCAACAGAAUCAAUAAUUCUGGUGGAUACUCAACCAAAGUUCCUGGAUAUGUUAAAAUAUUUAGAACAAUUUUUGCUUAUCGGUUUCGAUUCGGAAUGGAAGCCUUCGGUGAAUAAUGACAAUCGUGUUUCCCUCAUACAAUUGGCCACCGCGGAGCGAGUAUAUUUGGUAGAUUGUUUGUCGCCCCACCUUGACGAUCAGUUGUGGAAAAUGAUGGGGCGCAGAAUUUUCAAUAAUUUUGAAAUUCUGAAAUUGGGCUUCUCACUUCACAAUGAUCUGCAGAUGUUACACAAAUCGUUGCCGCUACAAUUGAAUUUGCAGGCCACCUCUUGUUAUUUGGAUUUACGGGAUCUCUGGCGACGUCUCAAGUACAUGCAAAUCGCAUUGUUUCCCUAUGAACAGAUCUCAGUGGCCGGCGAAAGUCUAUGUGCCCUCACCGAAGUGUGUUUGGGCAAAAAACUAGAUAAAUCAAAUCAAUUCUCAAAUUGGGCCAAUCGACCCCUGAGACAUGAUCAAAUCACCUAUGCUGCCUUGGAUGCCCAUUGUUUGUUACAGAUCUAUCAAGUGUUAACAGAACUUUUGUUGCGCGUUGGCAUUGAUAUUGAUGAUCUGACAGAGGAAAUCACCACCUCAAAAUCUGGUUAUCUAUUUCGCACUAAAUCCAAGAAUCAAGGACAAGGUUCGAAUACUACUACAUCAGCUGUGGAAAAAAAAUCACAGCAGAAUUUAAGAGAAUGGGGACACCACAAGCAGAAGAGCACCAAAUUGAAAUCGACUACAAACAUCAAAUUCCUUUGCGAUGGCAUGCUAAUCGGCCUAUCCAAGGAACUCCGUACACUUGGGCUAGAUUCUUUGGAAAUAAAUGAAGGCAAAAAUGAUAUCAACUAUUUCAUAGACUUGGCAAGGAGCGAACAGCGCAUUGUCUUGACACGUGACUCACGUUAUUUAAUGUUUUCUCGCGAAUUUGCACAAUCGCAAUGCAUGCAAAUACCAGCAGAUUCAGUUGAAAAUCAAGUGAAACAAAUUGUCCAAUAUUUUCAGCUACGCAUAGAGCCAAGGCAUCUGCUAUCACGUUGUCUGGAAUGUAAUGGAAAUGAUUUUUUGUUGGCAAAUCGCUAUGACAUGCAGAUAAUGCGCUUUGGUCAGCUGCAUCAGGAAGAUAAUGGGGGACUGAAUCAUGCGAGUCAUGCUGAGGACAGGGCAUGGAAUUUACAAGAAAUAAAAGAUCACAACAUUGAGGCAAGGACAACACCAAAGGGGAAACCGAUAAAAGUUAAACGAAUCAAGCCAUACUUUCUUUAUAACAAGGACUUUUUCUAUAUAUGUGAUAAUUGUGGCCAUUGCUCUUGGCAAGGCGACGACAACAAAGUGAAUAAAUCAAUAUUGGCAACCAUCGAUGCCUCCCCUACCAAUGUGACGACGAACCGUAAAUCCAAUUAAGUUUUGGUUUAUUUCUACUAAAGUGGUUAUUGAAAUGUGAAUUUAUUGUAUUUAUAAGUUUUUUUUUUUCAUUAUCUCAUAUAGUGCAUUGAAUUGUGUUUUUUAUUAUUUAAAAUUAACUAAGUAUUUUUAAAAAUCAAAUCAAAAACAAAAAUGUGAUGUUUUAUCUAUAAUUUCUAUAUACAUAUACCUUGUUCUCAUUUACAAUAUCUCUUCUUCCUUCGUAAUUUUGUUGAUAUCUAUGUAUUUUGACAAUGAUAUUUUAGAUUAACCAUAGAGAGCAAUUACAAAUACAAUACACAGGUGUGUGUAUUUAUAUAGCAUUGAAGUUGAACUUUCUCUAAGGAGGAAAAAUUUGUUUUUUUUUCAAAUCGUAAACAAAUUUUAUUUCAUUUCAAUAGUUGAUUGCUUUUACACAUUAUAU